UUUUCAUUAAUUAGCCAAUUUGCUGCUUCGUGAGUUUUCUCUCCUCCUUGAAAACCUAGAGAGAGAGAGAGAGAGAGAGAGAGACGGAGACAACAGAAUUCAUCAACGAGAGCGGCUCAUCGCCGAUCUGAGUCGCGAUUCUCGAUCGAUUUGGUCGAAGCUUGCAGAGAUUGAUUGACAGAUUGCGAAUCGUCGCCACCGCAACCGCGAUCAGGAUUUGGCCCGAGGUCUGCGUGAUUGGAUCUGGGGGUAAUUGUUUGCUCAUUUUGCCGGCAGUUACUGGGAUCGAUUUCGAGGUCGUAGGAGGAAAAAUGGUGAAGCUCACGAUGAUCGCCCGUGUCACCGACGGUCUUCCUCUCGCGGAGGGACUCGACGAUGGCCGCGAUUUGCAGGACGCCGAGUUCUACAAGCAGCAAGUCAAGGCCCUGUUCAAGAAUCUCUCCAAAGGCCAAAAUGAGCCCUCGAGAAUGUCGAUCGAGACCGGCCCUUACUACUUCCAUUACAUCAUUGAAGGGCGUGUCUGUUACUUGACCAUGUGUGAUCGUGCUUACCCCAAGAAGCUCGCAUUCCAGUACCUGGAGGAUCUCAAGAAUGAAUUCGAGCGCGUAAAUGGAGCUCAGAUCGAAACUGCGGCUAGGCCUUAUGCUUUCAUCAAAUUUGAUACGUUUAUACAGAGAACAAAGAAACUGUAUCAGGACACUCGUACCCAGAGGAACAUUUCAAAGUUGAAUGAUGAACUCUAUGAGGUCCACCAGAUUAUGACACGCAAUGUCCAAGAGGUACUUGGUGUCGGCGAAAAAUUGGACCAGGUCAGUGAAAUGUCUAGUCGGUUAACAUCAGAAUCUCGCAUAUAUGCCGACAAGGCCAGAGACUUGAAUCGACAGGCGCUAAUUCGGAAAUGGGCCCCAGUUGCCAUUGUUCUGGGAGUGGUCUUCCUUCUCUUCUGGGUCAAAUCAAAGAUAUGGUGAUGCGAUUGCCUUGCCUGUACUUGUUCUCUACUGCAAUGGGCUGCUGUGUUGCUGAGAUAUUCAUUCUCAACGAUUUUAAAUGGGCACGGGAUUUUUACAGAGAAUCAUAUGUGUUCGAAAGCUAGUGUAGUUUUUCUAAUUGCAUUUUGUAUUGGAUGCUUCAUUCCUUAUGCAGUGGCGGCAAUAGUCUACCAUGUUAAGUAGUGAAUAGAGAACCCUCCCUUAAGACUGGAGCAAGAUCAAAUCUUACUGUUGACAACUAGUAGAGUGUUUUUCCGUACAGGAGGCCGCAUAUAACUUUUGUUCAUCUACACCUAUUAUCAUCUCUUAUAGUACUUUUGGCUACAGCUUUAUCAUAUCAUGAUUAAAU